AAUGGAAUCAGCUCGUCCACGCCUUUGAGUUCGAGUUUCUCUUCCGAUAACUAAUUACUCAAGGCAAAUUCAUUCGCUCCUCCGUCGUAGGAACAACUGAGCCCCGCAAUUCACGCCGUCCAAUCCCUAUUGGCGCUCUCGCCAUCUGCAACGUCUUUUCCAUCGUUUGGACAGCGGACUGAUAUACAGACCCUUACGGGACCUCGUCAUUCGUCUAUGAGCGGGUUAUACUUUGGCACGGCCAGAGCUUCUCUUGCUUGACAUUCGUCGCUUGCAUCCAUUGGAUGGAUUGCUGACCGUUACCUCGGGGCAAGAGAAAUGACACAUCACCACCACCGAUCUGGCCACGCGACAACAGCACGAUGUGGUCCUCGGCGUUGAAGUCAUUCCAAUCCAACAUAAACGCCAACUACAAGAUCGCCGACACACCCGCCUCCACUGCUGGCCCUUGGCGCAUUUUUGAGGCCAAGAACAGGAGCACCGGCAAAGCAGUUUCGGUCUUCGUCUUCGACCGGAAGACUCUAGAACCCCACACCGGCGGAUUGGCCUCCUCCAGAGGCAGCUCUUCCUCCAUCAAGUCUGCACAGGAUGCUGUCGUUGAGCGCUUGAAGAGAGAGGCCUCCUCGCUGGCCAGGCUACGACAUCCCAGCAUACUAGAGCUCGUGGAGCCAGUGGAGGACACGAGGAGUGGAGGACUACAAUUCGCCACGGAACCAGUGACAGCAAGCCUUGCAUCUCUCCUGAAAGAGAAGGAUGAGCAGGAAAAAUCAGGAGGUGUAGGGGGGCGGCGCAGCAGAUAUGUCGUCGACGACCCAGAGAGCGGAGGCAAAAAGAGGAGAGACAUUGAGAUUGACGAGCUGGAGAUUCAGAAGGGUCUGUUGCAAGUCGGGAAGGGACUGGAAUUUCUGCACGAGAGUGCGGGGCUUGUGCAUUGUAACCUGACGCCAGACGCAAUCCUCAUCAACGCAAAGGGCGACUGGAAGAUUGCUGGCCUCGGCUUUUCAGGCAAGAGCGAAGGAUCAACGGUUGCGACGUCUGCGCCACCUGUAGCGGUCUCGGAAAUUCUUUACUUUGAUGCGAGACUCCCCAGGUUCGUACAGCUUAAUCUAGACUACUCUUCUCCGGAUCUAGUCAUGGACAGUAAAGCUUCCGCGCCCGCGGACAUGUUCUCGCUGGGGCUGUUAAUCGUGGCUCUGUACAACUCGCCGCAUCAGAGUCCGUUGGAGACGAACAUGAGCAUAAGCGCAUACAAGCGACUCUUUGCUUCUUCUUCAACUACUCCAACACAAGCAAACAACUUCCUAUCAUCCACACCGCUGCCACGCCCAGUGUUAAAUUUGCUCCCAAGGCUCAUCACGAGAAAACCUGCAGCACGCAUGACUGCGCGUGAAUUUCAGGAAGCAGAGUACUUCGACAACAUCCUCGUGUCCACAAUCCGCUUCCUGGAAUCCUUGCCGGCGAAAACACCGAAUGAGAAGUCCCAAUUCCUCAGAGGCCUUCCACGUAUCAUCAGUCAGUUCCCUAAGACGGUGUUGGAGAAGAAAGUCUUGCCAGUGUUGUUGGAAGAGAUGAAAGACCGUGAACUCAUCGCCCUCAUUCUGCAAAAUGUGUUCAAGAUGAUAAAGCUUAUGCCCUCGUCUAAACGUGCGGUUAACGAAAAAGUCGUGCCAAAGCUGCGCGAAGUAUUCCUCCCUAGUGGUGGUGGGGGCCAUAAGAAAGACGCCGCGACUCAAGAACGCGAUAGUUCGAAGGAAGCUGGGCUCAUGGUCCUCCUGGAGAAUGUGGCGCUCAUAGCAGAGAACACAAACGGCAAGGUAUUCAAAGACGAUAUCUGGCCUAUCAUACAGUUGGCGAUGGAGUCGCAAACGCACUCACUAGUUGACGCAUCGCUUGGCACGCUGCCUGUCAUUUUGUCGACUCUUGAUUUUUCAACAGUGAAAAAUGACGUCUUCCCUGUUAUCGCAACUGUGUUUAGUAAGACUAGUAGUCUUGGUAUCAAGAUCCGUGGGCUAGAGGCACUACAAAUUCUGUGUGGUGGAACACCAGGUGGAGAAACCGAUGGUGGUGAUGGGCUGGACGGGUUCGAUCCUCAAGAACAGAGCAAAAAGAAACAGCAAAGCGUUAUUUUGGACAAAUAUACUAUCCAAGAGAAGGUUGUGCCACUCUUGAAAGCUAUCAAAACGAAAGAGCCCGCUGUUAUGAUGGCCGCUCUGGAUGUCUUCAAAGAGAUUGGGAAGAUCGCGGACUCCGAUUUUCUAGCCAUGGAUGUACUACCCAUCCUCUGGAACAUGAGCUUAGGACCUCUCCUCAACCUGCAACAGUUCCAAGCCUUCAUGGCACUCAUCAAAUCGCUCUCAUCACGCAUUGAAUCAGAACACACGCGGAAAUUACAAGAGCUCUCAGCUACAAACGCCACUACUGCCAAUAGAGCGGAUUUCAUGUCUAGUUUGGCGCCGACGAAUCGCACCAACGGUCUCGAUGACGCUUCUGGGGAUAAUCAUGACUUUGAAAAUCUUGUUUUAGGCCGAGAUAAGCAGAGCAGAGCCAAUAGCAACGUCUUCGACAGCUCAUUAGAUUCUUGGUCACAACCGUCGCCUUCCGUACCAAGACCUUCAGGUUCGAGAACUACAAGCCCAGCAGUAACCUUUUCGUGGUCGACACCGCCGCAACCACAGACGAUGAGCACAUUAAAACCAGCCCAGAACAGCGUAUCUCGAACCGUGACACCGGAUCAGUCUCUAAGUGCUUUCACGACGUUGCAGCCUUCUACACCGUCGUCGACAAAUACGAUAGGCGCGUCCAGCUUUAGCACUACGCCCUUGCAAACAAUACAGCCCAUGCAGCCCAUUCUGCCAUUACGCCCGACUUCGCAGGCAACCACUGCCUCAAGCAGGACGAUUGACUGGUCUUCAGCCGCGAAUAUGAGUAGCGCGUCUGUAUGGGGUUCAAAUAGCGCAACCGCGACGACCCCGAAUUACACGACGUCUUCGGGUAUCAAUGCGUGGGGGUCACAGGCCUCUACAAGUUCACUCUCACAGCAGCAAACGAGUUCCUUUGCGAUCCCACCCCCUCCUAAAUCGCCGUAUUCAAACUUUAGCAUUGCGCCGCCACCUGCUCAGCAACAACAAACAACGACAAGCAAUACUUUUGGCGGGAUGGGCAACAUGCAGUCCCAAAAUCAAAUGGGACAGAAGCAUGGCAUUGAUAAGUACGAGAGUUUACUUUAGAGAAGCAAAAAUUGAUGGCAUGAUAAUGUUUUGA